GUGCUCAACAACGUCAUAUCAUUUAUAUGCCAGCGAAGACAAAGCAGCAGCAAAAACCAACCCUAACUUAGAGAACUACAGAGUUGAGGAAACAGCUGAAUGAUGAGUGCUGCUAAGAGUCAAACAACACUGAUGUCAAAACUGGAAGCCCUGCAGUGCCACUUCACCUGGGGUCUGGACCCCAGCAAGACCAAACUCUUACGUCUCAGGGACAAACUGGUGGACAUCGGCACGGAGGAGGGUAACAGCUGGCUCGGUUCCAUUUACAACCUGCGGGGCUUCAUUCAGUACCAGCUCAGGGCCAAUGAAGACGCCCAGAGUUUCUUCAACAAGGCUGCAGAGACCUUCCGCCAGAUGAGAAAAGCAGAUGAUGGUCCCUGGCUAGUGGUGAACUACGGGAACCUGGCUUGGCUGCACCACCACCUGGGAGACCAAGCAGAGAGCGAGGUUUACCUGUCAAAGGUCGACGCCCUGAUGAAGAAAUACCCGGCUCCAUCUCAGGACGAGCUCCAUGCAGAGAUCUACGCUGAAAAAGCCUGGACCCUGAUGAACUUCAGCACAGACAGAGAGCUGGUUGCAGAUUACUUCCAGAAAGCCAUGAGGAUGCAGCCGGACAUGGUGGAGUGGAACACCACUCACGUCAUAGGGUUAGUGAGUACUUUUAAGCACAGCAACACAGGGCUGGAGGCCGACAUCUUGGAGAAAAUGAGAGCCGCCAAGGAACAGGAUCCUGAGAACUUGUACCUCGCUGCUUACUACCUUGAGCAACGUGCAAAGAAAGGAGAAGAAGUUGAGGAUGAAGCACGUGAGUUAGCCGGGAAGAUUAUGAGAAAUCCCGUCAGCAGCUACAGUGGUAUGAAAGCAAUACUAAGGGUUUACAGAAACUACGUAUCUGUUGAUGAGGCCCUUGAUUUGGCAGAGCAGGCUCUGAAAAACCAUCCAGAUGAGCGUUAUCUGAAGAGAUGUGUUGCACUCUGUCUCAAAUGGAAAAUCAUUUUUUUCAGUGACAAUCGCCCAAAGCAAAGCACUGUUGACAGAGCGAUCUUUCUCCACAAGGAGGUGAUUUCUCUUUACCCGAAUUCCUCACUUACGAAAAAAGUAGACAUCGCAAAUAUAUACGCAAAGUCCAAUCACAGCCAGGCUAAAGCUCAGCAGAUGUACCAGGAACUGCUAAAAAGUGAUCUGGAACCUGCAGAGAAACAGCUGCUGUACAACAGCUACGCAAAAUAUUUAAACUUUGAUCUACAGGAUCGCAACAAGUCAGUACAAUAUCACAUGAAGGCGGCAGCGAUACCGCUAAAAUCCUUCUAUCGUGGGAACAGCAUCAAAGUUCUGGAGAAGAUUAAAAGUAGAGGCAGGAACCGAAUGUCUAGAGAAAUAGAGGUGUUUCUGGAAAACCUUCAAGAGCCAUAGUGGGUUUGGACUCCUACGGCUGCCUAUGGGGCGGCUGUGGCACAUGAGGUAGAGCGCUUGUCCCGUAACCACAAGGUUGGUGGUUCAAACCCCUCUACCGGCAACAUGCCGAGGUGUCCUUGAGCAAGACACCUAACCCCAAGUUGCUCCCCGGGUGCUUCAUUGCAGCCCACUGCUCCUCCGGGAUGGGUUAAAUGCAGAGAAAUAAUUUCCCCAUUGUGGGACUAAUAAAGGCUUAAUUAUUAUUAUUAUUAUUAUUAUUACUUGUCCUAAAUCUGGAAAAAAAUUAAAGGUAUUGCAUUACCUUAAAAAAUAAUACUUAUUAAUUGAGCUUUAUCCUUUAAAGGGAGGUUGUCUGCUAGUUUUUACACUUAAGUAGUUAAUGGAAGACAAAGGCUUAAAAAAAAAUAAUAUCUAAAAACCUAUAUAUUUGUCUGAAUAAGUAAACUCAAUUUGCAUGACAGGCUGAGCCAUUCAAUAACGCUGGUCUUUUGAAUAACAUCCACUGUGGACAUGUCUAAAUGUCAUUACAAUAAUUCAAAAUCACUUAUCACAUUAGAUUUGUAUUAGAUGUUCUUUUUAUUAUAUUCCUGUUGUGUGUUUCUCUCCUCUAAGCACAUUAUUUUUAAGUUUAUGUUAGAACAUAAGGCACUAUAUUAAAUCGAGUAGUGUAUGGAAAUAUAAAAUUAUGUAAUAAUGUUAUAGUUAAUUUGAUGGAGCCUGUAACAGCCAGAUGCAACUGAUUGUAUGUAUCGAAAGUAUUUCAAACUGUGUAUCAGUAGUACUGAGUAUUGCCUACUUAUACUAUUAAAUAUACCAUGAUUUUCAA